UAUUCUUCUGACAUUAUGGCCAGAGUUUAUCCUCAAGAAUCCACCACCACCACCUCUCCUUCUUCUUCUUCUUCAUCUUCUUCUUCUUGUUGCUGUAAAAGCUCUCAGAAAAAGACUUACACUGUGUGGAUGAAAUCGCUUGUACUGCACUCUAAUGGCUGCACUGUGUAUGAUUCUAAUGGCGACAUCGUUUACCGAGUUGAUAACUAUGACAGGAAGGGUAGAAGGAAAGUUAACCUCAUGGAUCUCCAAGGCAAAGUUCUUUAUACCCUACACAAGAGAUUACUAGGGUUUGGACGGUGGGAUGGAUACAGAAGCAGUGGUUCUAAGCCAUGGUUCAAAGUUAAGAGGUGUCAUAAAAUGGUGAAGGGAAAAGCAGCAUGUGAGAUCAGAGUUGGGAGUCAACGGUAUUGCAUCGUGAGAAUGAAUGGCAAAGCGACCUUCAUCAUAAUGAACAUGGAAGGACAAGUCAUCGCUCAGGUGAAGCAGAAGCAAUCAUCUGCAGGAAUAGUUCUGGGUGAUGACGUUCUAACGUUAGAGGUAGAAGAAGACACAGAUCAUUCACUAAUUAUGGCCUUCGUCACUGUGUAUGGAUUAAUAUGUGGAAGAAUGUAAAUAAUUAAAGCAUAUAUAGAUGGGCUGCCUUGUACCAGAGAUUACGUGAUUCUCGCAUUUACAGAUCAUUGAGAUGACAAGUUUUGUAAUCACUACUACUUUGGAUUAGGAUUAAUGUAGAUGUGAGUGUAUAUAUAUUGUCGAGGAAAGACAGUUUAUGUAUGUUAUCUUUGGUUGGUGUGUGCUGCAUAUAUCUUUUUUUUCCUUUUUGG